AGCCAUGGAUCCCGACCGAGCGCGCGCGUCCUGCCCGGUGGCGCCCCUUGGCUUCCGCCGCAAAGAAGGGGCGCAAUGGAGCUGCCGGUGACCGUGGCGUUGAUCCUCAGUGUGUGGAUCGCCCUCAGCGCGGGUCUCACCAUUUUCAAUGCCGUUCUCCUGCACACGUUCCAGCACCCCAUCUUGCUGACAUGCUGGCACCAGGCCGUCAGCGUCGUGCUCAUCGUCGCCGUGGGCAUCGUGCGCCCCUCCCUUCUUGCCACUGGCGACGAGCAGCAGGGCCUGCCUCCGCUGACGCUCGUCAGCGCCCUGCGGCUGGGCCUGCCCGUGGCGGUGUGUCAGAGCAUCAGCCUGGUGUGCGGGAACAAUGCCAUCCUGUACCUUAGCCUGGCGUUCUGCCAGAUGAUCAAGGCCUUCACCCCGGUCUCCGUGUACGUUAGCGGCUGCCUGUGCGGCACGCAGCAGUGGUCCGUGCCCAUCGCGAAGUGCUUGGGCGUGAUCACCGUUGGCCUAGCGGUCACCAGUUGGGGCGAGCUGGAUUUCAACUUGCUGGGCUUUGCGCUGCAGGUCUCGGCCUUGAUCGCAGAAGGCCUGCGCAUCAACAUCCUGGAGCUGCGACUAAAGGCCAACGGGUACAAGCUGAACCCGCUGUCUUCGGUGGCCGUCUUUGCCCCCAUGGUCGCGGUGUUGCUGUUUGUCUCUGCCCUCUUCUUUGACCAGUCCGCCUUCGACAGGGAGCGGAUCGGUCAGGUCGGUAUCGGGAUUUUCGUCGCCAACGCCUUCAUGGCUUUCCUGCUGAAUGUGGUCAUCUACCUCGCCAUCCAGACUGCUAGCGGCCUCGGCUUCUCCCUCGCUGGCGUCCUGAAGGACGACUUCUUGAUCGUGGCCGGAAGCUGCAUCCUCCAGGGACACACAAUCACGACCACCCAGCUUCUCGGGUACAGCCUCGCCGUGCUCGGGCUCCAGGCCUACGGCGUGGUCAGCAAUGCGCCCUUGGACUUCGAGGACGGGGUCGUCUCGGGGCUGCUGAGCAAAGCCCUCGGGGCCAUCGGGAGCCAGACCUUCCGGCGUGGUGGCAGCCGCCCGCGGGCGGAAGGACCAAGCAAGAGGACUGAUUACCGCAAGUGUACAGCAUGUUGGUACGGCUGGAACUUCGCCUCGCGCGAGGAGUGCUACAAGUGCAGCCGCGCUCUUGGGCCGAAGGUCUGGGGACCGUGGUGCGACGACGGCGGCCAAGCGGGGGCCACGUGGCGUGCCCAGUCGUCGGACGUCCGCAAGCCCCCUGGGGCGCGCGACCGCAGCGUCAGCCUGGCCCUCUCGGAUGGCUCGGUGGCGAAGCCGGGGAAGCCAAACGUCCAGGAGCUGCUGGCGCAGCUCGCGGACUCGGUGGACCCAGGGCAGCGGGCGUCCUUCGAGGCGGAGGCGGCCUACUACGAGGCAGUGCAGCGCGUGGUCGAGGCUGAGGAGUGGCUGCAGCAGUCCCGGGCCGAGUGCGACGACGCGGCCCUUGAGCUCCAGGAGGCCAAGCAGGGCCUCGACGCCUCGCUGGAGGCCACGCGCGCCAAGGGCGAGGUGCCAGAUCUGUGCGAUGGCGACGCGUUCGACAUGGGCGACCUGGACAUCGAGCCUGGCGAGCGCGAGGCCUAUUGGCAGUUCAAGGCCCAGCUCCAGGAGCAGCUCCGCACGGCGGUCCAGUCCCUCUUCGGUCCAGGGGCUCAGGAGCUCGAGCGGAAUCGCCAGGAAGUCAAGGUCAUGCAGGUCCUCGUCAGGCAGGGCGACCUCUGGCGGGAUAUGGUGCAGGGCUUCGCCGAGGGUGAUGACAGCAGUGGCAGAUGCCCACCCAGGCUGGCGCAGUGCGACUGGGAUGAGCCACCUGCGCGGAGCUCCAAUGGGCCGCAGCUGCAGCUCCCCGCGCUGGCGGCGUGCGCGGCCGAUCCAGGCCAAAAUCUCCAGAGGCGCGGUCGGAAACCGCCGAAGCCUCGCAGCCCGCGCUGCCACGUCCUGACGGUCAAUGUCACAAGCUGGCCCAGCAUGCCGGCGCAGCUCGAGGAGCGCCGGAUCCCCGCGGACGUGGCGGCAGUCGUCAUCCAGGAGCACCACCUCGACGACGCGCAGGUGGAGAGCGCGAUGAAGGCCGCCCACCGCUGGGGAUGGAAGUGCGACCUGCGCCCCGCUCGCCGUGCCGAUCGCGGCGGGGCCGCGGGGGUGUCGGACUCCUGGCAGGGCAUCUGUCUCGCGGACCUCGGGUCGAAGGAGGGGCUGCUGCUGGCGCCCGUGCACCUCCGCGCGAGCCGCGAGCUCGACGACGUCAGCCCGCCAUGCUGCUUCAUCGUCGGCGGAGACUGGCAGAUGCCCCCGUGCACGUUGGGCCAAUCCUACUGGCUGCAGGCUGUUCGGGGAGUUGUCCGGGCGGCGUCGGAGCUCGAUGCCGCUUGCAUCGCCGGCAAGAGCGCGAGGGCCAUCGAUUUUUUCGUGACGAGUCGGUACCUCGCAGGCGGGAGGGCGCGGGUGAUGGACGACCUGUCGGUGGCCACCCACAAGGGGGUGGUGUACGAACUGGGCGCGCCCUCCCUGCCCUUCACCGUGCAGACGAUGCACAUGGCCAAACCCUUUCCCGCCAACGCGGUGGCAUGGCUCCGCUUGUAUGAGAACGAGCUCGUGGAGUACUGCGGCCUGCAGGACGCAGGCGAUCAAUGCCGUGGGCGCGAGCAUGGAGUGAAGUGCGUGACUGCGACGCUGGACAUGCGCAAGCGGCAGCGGGCGAGGUGCAGCGGCGCGCCCAGCCCCGCGGGCAGCCAUUGGCAAUGGCUCGCGGACCGUGCGCGAGAGUGGCGGCACCGCCGGGCAGCUCGAGGCGGAGUGCGUUGGGCGCGACCGCUCCGCGCGCUGCAUGUCAGGCUGCUGCGUUUCAGGCCCGCGUCCAACGCCACCUCGAGGCCCGAGAUGUGGGCGGCCUGGCGCGAGCUGGUCCGCCAGCUGGAUUCCGCCAGCGAGCAGGGCCUGGACCGCCUGGAGGCCGACUUCCGUGCCUGCGCCCGCUGGGCUGCCGACGCGGCCGCGUGCCGACGGUGUCGCAAUUUGAUCGAGUGGUCGAGGGAUGCGACCAGGCAUGACGGCGUGAGGCAGGCGUUCAAGUGGUUGAAGCACCCAGUGCUGUUCCCUCUGCUGAAGGCCUGGCAGCUCGAUGGCACCACGAAGGUCCAGGCCAAAGAUUGCGAAUACCACUUUGCUGUGCUCAAGGUGCUACAUGACAUGAUGAGCUACCUGCACCGCCUCUCGCGCCACUCGACGGAGUCGAGGAGCCCCGCCAUCGCCGAGCUCAAGUCGCUCUGCCCAGAACCAGGAGCGCCGCAGACGCGGCGGCGCUCCACCGACAGUCAGCACGCGCUGAAGCUAGCGCAGAGCUUCACUGACGGCAAUGGGGUUCUCGACGCCAAGGUUGUGGACGAUAGCUUGCGUGGAACAGUCGUGGAGGUGGACUCAGACUCGGACAACGGCGACGCGGCGCCUGAGCCAGGAGAUAUCCCCGCUCCGCGUCUGGUGCCGACUGCAGCGCAGCUGCUAGAGCGAGCUCGGGCGAAGCCCGCUGUGACGAGCCUGGGGGAGAAGCCCAAGAAGCCCGAGGGCGGUGGCGAGCCCAAGAAGGCCGAGGGCGGCGGCAAGCCCAAGAAGGCCCAGGGCGAGAACGAUGAAGCGGGCACGUGGAACACUGCAGAGCCUCAGAUAUCGACGGGCUGGCUGACCACGAAGAAACGGCCCGCGACGAGCUCAGCAGACGAGCCGGCGACGAGCAAAGCCAAGGCACCAUCCGAUGACGAGACCAAGCUGGCUGAGGCGAGCGAGGCUGCGGCUGCAGCGGCAGCGCCUCCACCUCCGAUCCUCCAGGCAAAGGCCAGGGGGAAGUCGGCGGCGCCCAAGGGCAUAGGUGGUCGGGUCUUGCAGGACCCGCAGGAGUGGGCCGCGCGGCACAAUCACGUGCUGGAGCUGAUCCCGAAGGCCCGCAUCGAAGUUCAUGUGCGAGCUCUCGCUUUCAGGGUGGUGAAGCCCGUCAUGACGAAGGAAGAGGGCCCGCAGCUGCCGUGGGGCAGCGACAUCGCCGAGGCCUGGGAGAAGAUCAAGAUCAAGGCGACCAUGAAGCUCCAGGCCGAGAAGGCGGCCGCCAUGCAGCCGAAGUAG